UAUGGCAUUUAAAGCUGGUAAAGGAGGAAAUAAGUCCACAAAUGCGGACCAAACUGGCGGUAAAUCCCAGCUACAACUCGAAACCCAACGGAUGCUGGACACUUCUAAGAAGAAGUUGACGCUAAUUGAACAGCAAAGAAUUAUGUCUGUUAUGGAAGAUACUUGUGUGCGAAUGGAACUGGUCUCUCUUUUUCCAUUUAUUCUGGAUAAUUUGGACAGAUUUUCCGUUGCUUUUGGGCAAGAUUUGUGCGAACAGUUGGCUGUUCAUUCGCAAUUGAAUGAUCAGUUGAUUCAUAAUCUAACAGACGGAGCUCAGGAAUCAACAGACGCCGAGGCACUUCAGAGAAGUUCGGAUCUUCUGCAGCUGAAUUUGCAUCACUCGACCAAAACUCUGUUGAGACUGUUCGCUGCAAAUCCGGCGGCUGUGAAGGUGGUGCGCAAUGAGUUUCAGAAAAACACGCCUGAAGAGACGAAGGCAUUCAUCUCCAUGGUGAAAGAAGGCAAGUCUCUCUUGCUUCAGAGAUUGCUCUCUACCCCAUUCGAGGAGAAACAGAGACAAGACUACUUUACGGAGAUGAGCGAUAGGUGUCGUAAAAACGAGACAGCUAUCAAGCAGUUGAAGAGGGAGCUGGAGGAGGCGACAGUGGACAAGGAGGAGGAGGUUAGCAAGAGGAAUGAGGUCAUCCGUAAACUCAAACUGGACAUUCACAGCAUCGAGAAGAGCGCCGAUGACCACAUCAACAGAACAAAGGUGGACUCGGAGAAACAGCAACAGGCUGAUGAGAAGAACGCAGAGACUAAGAAAGAUAAACUGAAGUUAGAGUUGAAUCAGCUGAAGCAGCAGCUGGCCAAUAUAACAGCGGAGCAUCGCAAGUCGGAACAGAUUCUGAGGGGGAAGAAGUUCCAGACCGAGACCGAAGUUGAAAGCUGGAUCACCCAAUACGAUCAGCACAUGGGCGAGAAGCAACAGGAAUUCGAGGAGAUAGACGCACAGUAUACACAAGAGAAGCAAGAAUUGAAUAUUCUGCAAGAAAAGUUUGCGACUCUUCAGCAAGAGUAUGACACAAUCAUGGAGGAGCGAAGGCUGAGUAAAGAACAGAAAGAACAAGAAGAAAAGAAUGUUCGCACAGCAGCCAAAGCGGCUCUUGCUAUCCAACGGUUCUGGCGAGCGUAUAAGGCCAAAAAAGCACUGAAGAAAAAGGGAGGCAAAAAAGGCAAGAAGUCAGGCGGAAAAAGUGGGAAAAAGUAAACGGCGAGAAGAUAAAACCCUCAUAUUCGCUCGCUUUCUAAUCGUUUGGUCAAAUCACUCGCCAUUAAAUUGUAGAUAGUCCCAUUCAUGUACAUAGUUAGUUGCAAGUAGCCAAAAUGAUUCUUAACAUCUAUUCCAAACUACAUACAGUGUCCAUGUAUAAAUGUAUAAUGAAUUGUACAAAAUCGUGCCAUAAAAUUAUUUUUGAUCUAAAUUUACGCGAGAAUCCA